GACGGGACAGUUGGGACGGGCACCGGGGGUCGCGGGCUGGGCCCGGGCGGGGGCGACAUGGAGCGGAGGUGGGUCUUCGUGCUGCUGGACGUGCUGUGCGUGUUGGUCGCAGCCUGGGCCCAGAGAAGUUGAGCCACCUGGUGGAGGUCACCCAGCAGCAGCAAGACAGGCCUCUCUGCCCUUCGCCAUCCUGACUCUGGUGAACACCCCAUACAAGCGAGGAUUCUACUGUGCAGAUGACUCCAUCCGGUACCCCUACCGUCCAGACACUAUCACCCACGGGCUCAUGGCUGGGGUGACUAUCACAGCCACUGUCCUCCUUGUGUCAGCAGGUGAAGCCUACCUGGUCUACACAGACCGCCUCUACUCCCGCUCUGACUUCAACAACUAUGUGGCUGCUGUCUACAAGGUGCUGGGGACCUUCAUCUUCGGGGCGGCUGUGAGCCAGUCAUUGACGGACCUGGCUAAGUACAUGAUUGGCCGUCUGCGUCCAAACUUCCUGGCUGUCUGUGACCCGGACUGGAGUCGGGUCAAUUGCUCUGUCUAUGUGCAGCUGGACAAAGUGUGUAGAGGGAGUACGGCCAAUGUCACUGAGGCCAGCUCCCGGACCCCGCUGAGCCCAGCUGCCCUCUCCUUUCCUAGGCUGUCUUUCUAUUCAGGACACUCCUCCUUCGGGAUGUACUGCAUGAUGUUCUUGGCGCUCUAUGUGCAGGCGCGGCUCUGCUGGAAGUGGGCGCGGCUGCUACGGCCCACAGUUCAGUUCUUCUUGGUGGCCUUCGCCCUCUAUGUGGGCUAUACUCGUGUGUCUGACCACAAGCAUCACUGGAGCGACGUGCUUGUCGGCCUCCUGCAGGGGGCACUGGUGGCCAGCCUCACUGUCCGCUAUGUCUCCGACUUCUUCAAAUCCCGGCCUCCCCAGCCCUGCCAGGGAGAUGAGGAGCUGGAGCGCAAGCCCAGCCUGUCAUUGACACUGACAGUUGGUGAGACCGAGGCCAACCACUACGGGUACCCAGCUUCCUCCUCCUGACCCAUGAUGCCAGGUGGCCAGCUGUGGGGCUGUCUGCUCUGGUCCCUGGUCUCUAGUCAGGCAGUGUGGGCCCUGGACAGGCCCCAUGGUCCUGGUUGAUGCAAGUGACUUCUGGCACCCUGCACUGGACCAGGAAUGUGGAGGUUUCUGUCCAGUUCAGAGUGUUUGGUGUGACCUGUCUUGUAGCUCCUUCAGUGCCCCUCCUUUCGUGGGGUUUGGGAAAGCUCCCGGAGGGUGGAUGGAUGUUGCUUCUUUUGCAAGAUGUGAUGUGUGUAUUUAUAGGAAGACAGGGCACUAUUGAUGGUUCCAGAGCUCUGCUUUGCUCUGAGUGUCCCUCAUUGCAGAGGGGGCUCCCUGUGGGGCAUGUGGUCAACCACUCCCUAGAGGGCCUUGAACAGAAGGGCCAGCCAGUAAUAAUGGGCCCUGGGGCUGCCUGCCUGCUGGAAGUUGGCCUUCCCUGGGCUGAGAAUGCAGGUGUGAGUGAUGGCACCACCACUGUGCUCUGCACAGUUUUGCACUUGGGUCUGCCUUGGAGCCUGUGGUUAGCUAGAAAGACCACACAGGAUUUGGGUCUGAACUCCUUCCGAUUCCUCUUCUUUGUGCUUGCCAACCAUCCAGAUAUCCUUGCCUGAGGCCUCUGAGUGCCUCCUCGCAUGAUGGGGACCUGCUCUUGGCCCUUCAUGUGACAGGGAUCUGUCCUCAGCUCUUCCUUACAUGAUAGGAACUGGCCCUCCGCUUCUCUUCACAUGAUGGGAAUUCAUACGAUAGAGACCUGUCCUUGGCUUCUCUUCACAUGAUAGAGACCCUUGUCUCAUAAUGGGGAAUUCUCCUCAGCUCUUCUUCACAGAGGACUGGCCCUCAUAGUUGCCCAUCAGCAAUGCAACAUAUAUGUGCAGACCCUAGGGUUCUAGGCCUUGUAGGAAGCCCCGGUCUAUCCACUGUCCAUGAUCUUAUGGGACUCACUAAAGCUGUUCCCUGUGGCACACACCCUGAGUCCUGAUCGUCCUACCCACACAGACCCAAGCACCUGACCAGGCUUCUGAAGUGCGUCACUUUUUCAGAACUGUUAGGGGUUACCUUUUCAAUGGGAGGGUGUCAUAAAUUUUUUUUUAUCAAAUAUCUUUGUGAUGGGUGAUUAUUUUUAAUUUCUGCUGAUGUUUACUGAAGCUGGAACCUGUUGUGUGUUUUUACCAAGCCUUAGCAGGGUGAUGGUAGCAUUUGGGGGCAGAGGUGCAGUCCAGAUGCCCUGCACUGGGGCCAAGAUGGAGUGACCUCCUAGCUCUCCAUGACCUUCCCUGGGGGCUGGGGUUAAUGGUAAACCAGACACUGCAGAGCGCCCAGGUGCUGAACAUCAGGAAGUUGGCUUCCUGGACGGUGUCAGGCAGGUCUCUGGUGGGGAAAGCCCUGACAAAACUCCCUAGGGCCAGCGAGCUGGUCUAUCAGGAUUCUGGGAACUUAUGGGGCUCAUUGCAUAGGAGGAAGAGUCCUGGCUCAGAAUGUGGGCCUGUGUCUGGAAGGGGGAGUCUCCCUGCAGAGCCCUCAGGUCCUCAGAUCAAGGAGCAGGUGAGGAAGGCAGGAUGAGGGUGGCUCUCCAACACCUCCCUCUCCCAGCUGUGGUGCCUGGAAGGCCCUGGUUAGUCACUGGGACACCUGAUGCCAUCACCAGAGACACUCAAGAAGCUAGGAAGGGGAUGAUUGUCACUAGCAUUCUCAAGCCCAACAAAUCUCAGCUGGCUUCCUUCUGGACUCAGAAACUGAGUUUCUAACUAUGAAAAUAGUCUUCUUAAAAUUUUCAUAGACAUUCUUCAUCAAGGGCCUGGCUGUGAGCACCAUGCAGCAAACAUCCAUUUCCCCCCACCUCCAAAUCCUUCUGAUGAUUCAUUAAUCUCCAGUAAAUAAAAGGCUGCUCAAUGAGAAAAUGGACUUACGUUGUUCAGAGGAGGGAAGAAAGUCUCAUUUCUCGAACACAAUGAGGAACUUACAGAUCCCUGCUUGAUGAAAUUUUCGAUGUGCUCCUAAACUUCUCUAUCUAUGCACUUGGACAUUCUAAUGCUGGCAAAGAACUCUUACCAGUUUAGAAAUAUCCUCUUCCCUACCAUCCCCAGGUGAUGUCUGAUCACCUGGCCUUUCUUCAACAAGAACUGUAGGGCCACUGUAGCCAGAACCAGCCUCACCCCUGAGGUUCUUCCUUGGUCAUUUCCUACCCAUUGAAAUCCCUCCACCCCACUGGCUGGAAAAAUUCCUUCUGCUUUAUUUGGAAUUGAGCUUGAUCUCUCCCCAACUUCAAGAGCCUAUAACAAUGGCCUUUUUACCUAUCUUGAUGGUCCUGAAUAAAGUCCUUCUUCCCAUGCUUUAAGUGUCUCUGGAUAAUUUUUUUCUCUAACACUGCAAGUGGAGGAACACCAAAGAUUGCCAGGAGCUUGGAGAGACAACCAGUUUCUCCCCAGCUGGUUUCCUAAGGAGCAGGUCUCUGCUGAUGUCUGACUUCAGAAUUCCAGCUCCAAGAUGGCAAAAGAAUGAA